CGCUCACCAACGUGGCAUCGCUCACGCACCGGAAAAUCGUGAAAAACUCGCAGAAAAUUCACGUUUACUCCAACCGCAUCGUCCAUCCGUUUCGGGGUUUUAAUUUAAUUAAUUAAAUUUCAUCGACCUAUUCACCGGUGGUGGUACUAAUCGCCGUGCGCUGUAAGAAUAGUCACUAAAAGACACACGGUGGUUUACUUGUGGUACGUUGUUGAAGUGCGUGUUUUCCUUUUCUGUUCGAACGGCGUGUAAGUGAAAAGAUAAAAAUUGUGAAAUUAAUCUGAAAAGGGAGAGUGAAGGAGUCGUAAACAGCGAGAGGUUAUCCGUGAAUGGACACUUUAAAUUAACACUGAGUUGAUGCUCGGUGCGGCGUGACCAAUCGGAUCGGCUCGUGCGAGAACCGCUGAUCUCUAUUUAACCGCUUACAGUUGAAGUACUCCGGGAGCUAUUAAUUUAUCUUUAUCGGAACGAAAUGAACCUUGGAAUAAUUCUGAAACGAACAUCACUACCAGCCAUUGGUCGACAAUUUAAAUAAACCGUGAUUAAACUAAUCUGAAAUGUGUUUCGCGAGUAAACAUUCGAUGGUUCAAGGAAGCGUUCGAGUAAAACCUUUGAUGCGGGAGUGAAAAUGACGUGUACUGCGGAUUGCAUGAAGCAGAAUUGAAGGCGCACAAUCUGGUACCGAAGUGCGCGAGAGAGCAGUGUGCAGUGCGGGUUGCACGAGCCCCGAUCAAAGGUGCUUAACCUAAAACCGUAUGAUGCCGACUGUGUGAGCAGCGACUGAAGGUUUUCCAUCUCAAACUUUGAGAUGUGUAGUGGGGGUUGCGUGAGCCCUGAUUUAAGGCGUUCGAAUUAGAACCGUGAUGGUGUGUGUAGUGCGGGCUGCGUGAGCCCCGAUUGUAGGCGUUUCGGAAACAGUGGCGAUGGCGGAUCAAGGCGGUGGUGUUGUGGAGCACCGGUUCGUGAGCCGUCGGCCAGUGAGGACAAACAUAAAACGCCAGAGCGAGUCGUCGAGCUCCUCACCGAUCAAAUCCAUGAGCUCCUUCUCAUCGCUGUCCCCCUCCUCGUCCAUCGAGAAGCCGGAUCCACCGCCGAACAAGAACCCGAACCAGCUAUACGAAGCCACCGACCUCAAUUGUAAGGUUAUGCUCCUUGGUGACUCUGGCGUCGGGAAAACAUGCCUCCUGGUUAGAUUCCGGGAUAAUUGUUUUCUUUCCGGAAACUUCAUCUCCACUGUUGGCAUCGACUUUCGGAAUAAAGUCGUGCAAGUGGACGAUGCUAAAGUCAAGUUACAAAUUUGGGACACGGCUGGCCAAGAGAGGUUUCGGAGUGUCACCCACGCUUAUUAUAGGGAUGCCCACGCGCUUCUCCUUCUGUAUGACGUCAGCAACAAGACGAGUUUUGACAACAUACGAGCCUGGUUAGGCGAAAUCAAAGAAUACGCUCAAAAUGACGUUGUGAUCAUGCUCCUAGGGAAUAAAGCGGAUUGUGCGGCGAGCGAGCGACUCGUUAGGAAAGAGGACGGCGAGAGACUGGCCCGGGAAUAUCAUGUGCCUUUCAUGGAGACAUCCGCCAAGACCGGCCUCAACGUUGAACUCGCUUUCAUGGCCAUCGCCAGAGAUUUACUAGCAAGAAAAACUGGUGAUAAAGACGGAGCGGCAUUCAACGUCCAGGAUUAUGUUCGCGAAAAAACGCAGAAGGUCACAUGUCCUCAGUGCAACACUUGAACAAUUUUCACAAAAUCAACUCGAUGCUCUAAAAUCAAAACACAUUUUGGAUAUGCAGUGUAUAAUCAAUAUUGGUUGGAUCGAGAUUUUUAGAUAGGGACCAAAUGUUUUGGCUUUCAGGAACAGAAUGGGCGUAUUUACACUAAAUUAAAGAACUAUAUGUAUAGUAAUUGAGUAAAUCAAAAGAAACAGUGUACAUGGUACACUUCAUAGUUCAAACUUUCGUUCAUACUUUUUCGUACCUACAUAUAUUUCAAUGCAUUUAUAAAUAAUUCAUUUUACAUACGUCCACAUAUCUGUUGUUGAUUCUCUACGCAGUGCAGAUAUGCACUUUUAUAAAUACGUCUAUAAACUAGAUAUUUUCUAAACUCGGUCCGGCAGAAAAAAAAAGUUAGUCAUGACGGCGGUUAAAACCUGAAAGCAGGGAUCGUGAUUUGAGAAUUUGUGAGUAUCCCUUAACUUAAGUUUUCUAACGAAAUAUCCAGUGAAUGGCUAUGUUUAUAGUGAUAUUAAAGAAACAAUUUAUUAAAAAUUCAUUAGCAGUGGUACCUGACCUGGUCAUGAGGUAAUCUUACAAGACGGAGGCAUUUUUCAGUUAACGGCAGGUUUUCGUUAUAAGGAGAUCUCUUGAUGCGCAUUCCUUGUGGUAAAAACGGAAGUUCUUUUUGUUCAGACCGGUUUUCAGGCAUAAAGAAAAUCCGUUAUAACUUUGUAUCUGUGCCAGUACAGUUGCACCUGGUCAUAAUGGAAUAUCGAACGGCGAAGAAUUGUUCCCAUUAAACACAGGUUAUCAUUUUCAUUACGGGAAGGUUCAUGAAUGCGCAUUUGUAAUGACGAUUUCAAGGGAAAAUUCCCCUUUAUAAUAUUUUUAGAUACGCUUGAUACAACCUAAACGUGUGAAAGCGUUAAUCAUGUUUUACAUCCCAA